AUACUCAGAUGUAGCCAGCCAUUAACUAAGAUUCAGACAAAGGAGUAAUUUCUGUAUUUGGAGGGAUGGAGUUAUUGUCUCAAGAAGUACUUCAUUUUAGGUGUAAGUUUGCAAGCAGAGAUGAUCACUCAGAAAUGGGAAUCCAGAAAAGAAAUUGGUCACUUUCAAUUUAGAGACAGCAAUAGAAAAAAUUGGAACAACUGAAGAAAUGCAUGAGCCUGCCAGGACAUGGUAUAAAAGGAGAACAGGCUCUCACAAUAAGUCUUGAGACAUUCCAAGAGGAUUGAGGAAUUCUUUACAGAGGACAUGGGAGAAGGACUGAUUAUAGAGGGGAAGAAGCUCUGAAAAGGAGGUCAAGGUUUAACUCCUCUUUGUUUCCAUGUAAGAAUUUAUUUAUGGAGAGACAAUCAGUGAUGUUAACAAUAUAUGGUGGUGGCCUUUUUAAGUCAAAGGGAGAGGAGGAUGUGAGUGAAGGACAACUGCAUUUCCAGUUUGAUUUUGAAGGGAGGUUAGAAGGGCAGGAACUGGAGAGAAAAUAGGUUCAGAGGAAAUUUUUGCUUCAAGUUACAAGAGAGAUAAUGAACUUAAAUGAUGGGGGAUUGAUUGUAGAGAGAUGGACAGGUUUUUGGGAAAGGAGAUUUAAUUUACAAACAAUAAUAUAGUUCUCAACAAAACAGGAGAGAAAGGAAUUCCGUUGGAGACUUUGGACUUAGAGGUAGCACGACUUCUAUUUGAUGGGAGGAAAGGAAUAGCCAAUGUAUAUGAAUGUAGGAAUAUUUGUAGAGAUUAUGAUGAGAAACUGAGUUAGUGUGUCACCUUAUGUAAUUCAUCUCUGUUAUAUACUGAAUUUUGUGUUCCCAAAAGUCAAAUGUUGAAGUCCCAACCCUCAGAGUGUAUUUGGAGAUUGGGCCUUAAAACUGGCAAUUAAGGUAAGAUGAGGGCAUUAGGGUGGGCCCUAAUCCCGUUUGAGUGGUGUCUUUGCGAGAAGAGGGAAUUAGGGCACAGACAUGUGGGAUGGCCAUGUGGAGACAGGGAGAAUGGCAGUCUACGAGCUAAGCGGGGGAGGCCUUAGAAGAAACCAACCAUGGCGAUAUCUUUCAUAUCCAGCGGCCAGAAUUGUGAGAAAAUACAUUUCUGUUGUUUAAGCCCCUCAGUGAGUGGUAUUCUGUUACAGCAACCUUGGCAAACUAACACAGUAUGUAUAGUAGGGAAUAAUCUUACCUCUUGAAAGGUGAGAAUGUGUAGCAUCAAAAGGCAUGGGUAAGAUUUGAAAUACUUACGGGAACAUGGAAAACUGAUUUAGAGUUGCCAGACACAUUCGAAAACCCCUAGGAGUAGUAGUUCUGUUUUUAGACCAGGAUCAACUUACUAGCCAUGUGUGUCAGAUGCAGUCACAGGAAAGGCGGGUAUGUGGAGUCACCUGCUGUUGAGGUCUUGAUGGGGAAAUGUGGUUAAUUAAUAGUGCAGGGAACAUAGAAAGUGCUGGUCCUGGUAAGUGCCUGUUAAAAUGAGUCAGUGUGGAUUAAAGUGGGUAGGAAAAAUGAAAAGGGAGAAAGCCUGAUGUUUGAGAAGUGGUCAGUACACGGAGCUUCCCGUUUACAGAGAACUGAGUAUGGGGUGUAAUUUCUGUGAAGAAGUAAGGAGAAGAAAUUGUAAUAAUGGUAGGACUUCUGAUUAGGUCAGAAAUGAUGUGAUAUUCCAGGUAAAACCUAGGUGUGGUGGGUAAUCCUUAAGGAAUUUGAGCAUAGGAGAGAGGGAGAGCAAAAUUAAAAUAAAGAUAGGUUAUUUCCUAGCUGUGUAACUUUGUUACAUUAUUGAAGUUUUUUGAACCUCUUCUGUUCAUUUGUUAAACUGGUAAAUAAAACCACCAGGUUUAUUGUGAGGAUUAAAUAAACGAAUACAUGUAAAUAUCAAAGUAGAGUCACAUUUGAUACAAAUUUCUUUUUUUUUCCUUUUUCUGGACCUCAGGUACAAAUGGGUGAGUUAAUCUUACUCUUGUUUAUGACACAUUAUCAUCAUUUUCCCAUGAAAUACAUUUAACUGUUGGUAUUUUAAGGGAGAAUUUACAGUUUAUACAUGCUUUCUCACUGUGUGUGUGUCUCACACACAUUUGUGUGUAUGUAUGUAAAUGUGCGUAUACAUAUACAUACGUGUGUCAUAAUGAAAUGCAGGCAUAGUGCAGCUAAUGAAGAUUAACAUAGAACAGGAUUUCAAGGACUUCAGUUACCACUUUACUAAAAUAAUCAGGUAGAGCAACUAGAUUUCCUCCCGAACCGCAGCCAUUCUGUAUUAUCUGGACGUCCUUGGAAGAGAGGAUUGGGACAGUAAAUGACAGGAACAUUCUGACCCAUAUAUUCCUCCUUUCUGAUGCAGGGGAAUUUUAAGGACCAGACUUGCAGAAUGAGUGCCACUGAUCCCUCCAAAUGGAAUAAGUCCUUGAAUUGAUGAACCCUAUCAUAAAAUAGAUUUGGCAAUCCAAAUCCAUGGGCAAGGGAGAGUAGGAAGAGAGUGUGGCUCCAGAAGGCUACCGUGGAUGCUGGGGAACCACUGCUUGGGUAUGAGAAUAAUGAAAUCUGAGCAAUUCCAGUGUUUACGUACAGAUGGAAACAAAAAUCGACGUGAGGCAUGAAUCCGGGAUCUCGAGGCUUUGGAAUCAGGGAGGGAAUUAAAUAACUCUGGAUGCUGUGGGCUAAUUAACCUAUACAACUCAAUACUUUCAAUGUUCUUAUUCAUAAAAUCUCUAUAUUUUUUAUUAGUAACUGUAGUCCUAGUCUUCUUUUGACCAUGGGAGAGGAAGCGAGUCCUCUGAUUUUCUUGUGGACUGCACUGCAUGUUUGUUGGUUAGGCUGGGGGUCACACCGAGGUAAGGUUUGGGGCUUCGUGACAGGUGAGACUGGAAAUUGUGCACAGGACGGGAGUCUCAUGGCUUCUUUCUCCAUCCUCAGCUUUGCCCGCUUAGUGCUUGGACUGUCUGCGAGUGAAAACCCAGAGAAAGGCACCUGGCAACUGAGUUAUUGACAAUGCAGCCACUGCUCCUCCACCCUCUUCCUCAGUGCUGUCAUCUCAACUCCCACUCUGGACGUCGGUAGGGAAUGCUCUGUCUAAAACAGAAUAUCCGUGAUGUUUUAGGAAUCAGUGACAUUUGAAGAUGUAGUUGUAGACUUCACCAAGGAAGAGUGGGCCCUGCUGGACAUAUCCCAGCGAAAGCUGUUCAGGGAUGUCAUGCUGGAAAAUAUACGUCAUCUGGUCUCCCUGGGAUAUCAGCAUUGCAAAUCAGAUGUGAUUUUCCCGUUGGAGCAAGGAGAAGAGCUGUGGAGAGAAGGAACUGGAUUUCUCCAAGGCCAGAGUCCAGGCAGGGAAAGUGCCCUUAAAGAACAAGAAUUGAUAGCCACACAACAUAUCAGCAGGAAGGACACAUCUACAAUCAUGCCAGUGCAGAAAUCUCAUACUCCAGAGGAUCCCUUUGAAUAUAAUGGUUUGGAAGAAGAUUUCACUCAUACCUUCAUGUUGACUCAGCAUUUGUUAACUCACACAGAAAAGACACCUUAUAUCAGUAAACAGUGUCCAAAAUCCCUUAGUGACCAGUCGUACCUUAAUCAACAUAAGCAAAUUCACACCAGAGGUAAAUCAUGUGAGUGUCAUCUGUGUGGAAAAGCCUUUAGUAAUUGCUCGAGCCUUAGGAGACAUGAGAUGACUCACACUGGAGAGAAACCAUAUGAAUGCCAUAUCUGUGGGAAUGCCUUUAUUCAAAGCUCUGACCUUAGAAAACACAAUCUAACUCACACUGGAGAGAAACCAUAUGAAUGUCAUCUAUGUGGGAAAGCCUUCAGUCAGUCCUCCAACCUCAGACAGCACGAGAGAACGCACACUGGAGAGCAGCCAUAUGAAUGUCAUCUAUGUGGGAAAGCCUUCAGUAAAUGCUCUGCCCUUCGACGACAUGAGAGAACUCACACUGGAGAAAAACCAUACGAAUGUCAUCUUUGUGGGAAAUCCUUCAGUCAGUGUUCUGCUCUUAGACGACACGAGGGAACCCACAAUGGAGAGAAAAUUAUGAACAUCUUCAGUAAAUAUUCUGACCUUAGAUAACAUGAUAUUAAAAAUGUAACGGAUGUGGGUGAGACUUCAACCACAGCUUUAACAUUUAAACACACCAGAGGACUUGAACACUGAAGAAACUCUAAUCAGUGUAGAAGAUCCUUUAGUCAUUCUUACUCAUUUGACGUCCACAAACUUACAUGGAAGAAGUCCCUACAUGUGACAUCUACGCAGCAAACCCACAGCAGACAUGAGAGAACUCACUCUGUGAACAUAAGGAAUGGAGAGGCUUCAGCAACAGUUCUCAACUUUAAACACAUUAUCGGGCCUGCACAGGGGAAAGCCCCUAGGUCUGUAAUCACUGUGAACAGUAUGCAGCCAGGCACUAGGCAUGGUGCGCACAAGAAAACUCAGUGAAGUCUGAAUAAACACUAACACAAGAUGUAAGAGGAUGAAUGCUCUUGAGGAAUAACAAUUUGUAUUGUAGUGAAAAAUCAUGAGAAACCCUUUGUUCAUAGAGAAGCAUUUAGGGCACAUGUGAGGAUUCAGACUGUACACAUCACUCAGUGUCGGUGAUCACGUAUUUCUCAGCCAACAUUAAAGUUCUUACAUGAGAUGGCAGUCGUGAAAUCACAGUGGAGAGAACUUCACACAGAUUUUGUAUCAGGAAACUAAGUCUAGGGAAAAACCUCUAAAAUUAGAGCCUUUAACACAGUGUAGCCAAUAAUUCAGGAUUUUGAGAAAAAUAACUACUCAUGGGGAAAAUGUGGCAUAUAAAUGCAAAAAAGUGAUCCAUGCAUAUUGAAUACAGUUUUGUAAGAGAUACUUUUUCAAUACGUUAUUUCCUGUAAAUAUUUAAACAAUAAACCCUGUUGCUGAAAAAUCUCA